AUGAUUCCAGAGAUCGAUAAAGAAUAUCUCGUCAAGUGGAACAAGAUGUCCUACUUCCGUGUCACCUGGUUGACUGGAGACUGGGUCUGGUCCAAGGCUCCCGCCGGCCAGAUGAAGGCGUUCCUCAAAUCGGACAGAUCCACCAAACCGAUCAUGACAACAGUCGAAGCUGUCCCCGAAAACAAUCUGCGAGUGGACAUUAUCUUUGAUGUGGAAUAUCACAGCGAGCCCGAAUCUCAAGAGGAUCGAGCAAACGCCGAGAUGGUUAAGCGGGCAUAUGUCAAGUACAAAGGGUUGCCCUACGAAGACUCAGUUUGGGAAGAAUCCCCAAGUCAGACCGACAUAGCUCGUUGGGAGGAUUUCCAGACUGCCCUUAUCGACAGAGUUCUCCGAGAGGAUAUCCACCCCCCGAAGCCAAAAGAUCUUCGAAGCCGUCUCAGAGAUGCUCGCAGUGAGGAGUUUGACCAGAGCCUAAUUCUGACCGCUCAGCCUGCAUUGGUGACCGGUGGUGAGCUCAUGGAGUAUCAGAUGGAUGGCGUGAACUGGCUGCUUUACAUGUUCUUCAAGCAAAAGAAUGCUAUCCUUGCCGACGAUAUGGGCCUCGGAAAGACAAUCCAGGUCAUCACCUUGUUCUCCGCAUUGAUCGAAAAGCUGGACUGUUUCCCAUUCUUGGUCGUUGUCCCAAAUGCGACUGUGCCAAACUGGCGCCGAGAGAUCAAGAGCUGGUCGCCGGACGUCCGGGUUGUCACCUAUUAUGGCAGUGCGUUGGCUCGCGAGAUGACCAGGGAUCACGAGAUGUUCCACAAGAAUGGCACUCUAUGUUGUCAUGUGGUCAUUGCUUCGUACGAGAGCAUGGCCGAUGAUGGGGCCAAGCGAGUCUUGUCUAGUGUUAACUGGGCCGGCUUGGUGGUUGAUGAAGGCCAGCGCCUGAAGAAUGACAAGACCCAGCUGUAUGAGCGUCUUCGUCGCAUGAAAUUCGGUUUCAAGUUGCUGCUCACUGGCACACCGCUUCAGAAUAAUAUCAGAGAGCUGUUCAAUUUGGUUCAAUUCAUCGAUCCAACUCAUAAUGCCGAGAAGUUGGAGGCCCAAUACGGAGGAGCCCUCGAUAAGGAAGCCAUCCGCGAGCUCCAUGACAUGAUUCGGCCAUGUCUCCUGCGUCGAACGAAGGCAGAGGUCCUGCCGUUCCUCCCCCCGAUGGUGCAAAUCAUCAUCCCGAUUUCGAUGUCCGUUGUGCAGAAGAAGCUGUACAAAUCAAUUCUUCAAAAGAACCCGCAGCUCAUCAAGGCCAUUUGCAAGAAGCAAACUGGGCAGUUGAAGAAAGCAGAGCGUCAUAAUUUGAACAAUAUCCUCAUGCAGUUGCGGAAGUGUCUCUGCCACCCGUUCAUUUACAACCGGGACAUUGAAGAGCAAACCAUGGAUGCCCGACUUUCCCUUCGGCGUUUAGUCGAAGCAUCCGGAAAACUUCGGUUGCUGAACUUGAUGCUACCGCGGCUUCAAGGGCGUGGACAUCGCGUCCUCAUCUUCAGUCAAUUCUUAGAGAACCUCGACAUCGUUGAAGACUUCCUCACUGGUCUGGGACUCCAGUACCGUCGCCUGGAUGGAAAUUUGUCCUCGAGAGAGAAACAACAGCAGAUCGACCAGUUCAACGCGCCGGAUUCCCCCUUCUUUGCCUUCUUGCUUUCGACACGGUCGGGUGGUGUUGGUAUCAACCUCGCCACUGCCGAUACGGUCAUUAUCAUGGAUCCUGAUUUCAAUCCAAAGCAAGACAUGCAAGCUCUAUCGCGUGCCCAUCGAAUCGGGCAGAAGAAUACCGUUCUUGUGUUCCACCUGGUAGUGCGAGCGUCAGUGGAGGAAAAAAUCAUGCAGAAAGGUAAAACCAAGAUGGCGCUUGAUCACGUACUUAUCGAUCGCAUCGAAGCCGAUGAAGAUGAGGAGGACUUGGAGUCAAUCCUCAAGCAUGGUGCGCAGGCACUGUUCAAUGAUGAUGACUCGGCAGACAUUACUUACGAUAUCCCCUCCAUUGACAAGCUGUUGGACCGUAGCCAGGCCGAGCAGGCCGAGCAAGUGGCCAGCGAGGGAAGUACGAAAGAGCAGGCGCAGUUUAACUUCGCCCGGGUGUGGCAAAAGGAUCGAGGUAGCCUUGAAGAAGUGACUGAGACCGAGGAUACCCCUGUGGAUGUUACGGCGUGGGAAAAAAUCUUGCAGGAGCGUGAGCGUGAAGCGCAAGAGGAGGCUAACCGUCAAGCUGAGGGUCUUGGUCGCGGUAAAAGAAAGCGCGGUGCACCCCGCUACAGUACCGUCAUCGAAGGAGUCGACGACGAUGAGAACCCUAGUCCCAUCCGAAAGCCGCAUAGCAAGAUGCGAAAGGGCGCUGCUGACAACGACUAUGAGUUCCAGCAGCCAGAGGAUGGCGACGAUACUGGGACCGAAUCCGAGCACGAAGGUGAGGCAAUGGGCCCUGCAAAUGGGGGCGAGGAGACGGAGUCUGAGCCUGGAGCUGUGCAAAUGGGUACUGUAGAUGAUGUCGCAGUUGCGCCUGACGUGUACGCAGAACUGCGAGCAGCACGCACAUUCCGCCGCAUUGAUUCCCCGCCGCCAUUGGCACCAAUAGGCACCGACAGUGCCCAAGGUGUUUUCCCGCCCUGUGUGGCCUGCCAACAACGCCAUGUCCCUGGGCGUUGCCCACUCCGUCUCGCCGGCGUCGAGUUCUGUGGCCUGUGCGGUCUGGCACACUGGGGAGGUCGCCGGGCCUGCCCCCACCUGCAAUCAGGCGUGCAAAUCAGCCGCAUGCUAGAGGCGCUGGAUAAGAGCGCGGAGGCCCCGUCCCUCAUCUUGGGGGCGAAGAAAUACCUUCAGGGUAUUCUUAAAGCGGUUGCGCGAACCGCUCGGGAUGAGCGCAAGAAGGCUUCGCUUGCGGCUCAGCCGGAGCCUCAGAUUCAGCUCACCUCCCCCUCAGUUGGCGGGGCGAGCCGUGCCGAUGUCAUUGAUUUGACAGAGGCAGGUGCUGUGUCGUAA